AUGUUCAAACGCAAUGAGUAUCUGUGCGUGGACGACUCCCAACGAAUGUGCGUUCACAAUGCAAUGUCUUUGAUGAAGAAGAAGAAAGUAGGACAGCACAACGAAUACGACUUGUUCGUGCUUUUCCAUGAUGCUGAGAAGGCACCAUCCGCCCACAAUGGACCAAGUUUCAUCAUCUGGCACCGAUUCUAUUUACUCAUGUUUGAACUAGCCAUGCAGCGAUACUACAAAAAAUGCAUGAUGCCAUAUUGGGACAACCGCUUGUUAUCUCGAUCUGGUCCCAAUCCCAGGGAAUCAAUAAUGUUUUCAUCCGAUCUCAUGGGAAACGCCUUCGGGGAGGUGAAAACAGGAUUCGCUGCUGGCUUCUCGACGACUGAGUCAAUGUCGUGUCAAGAAAUUUCAAAAAACUUAUCGAGAGCCAUUCCAACUGACAUGGAAGGUCUAUUUCACGAAGACUUUACAGAUUUUCUCAAAAAAGCUUCAGAUUACAAGCAACUAUGUAUACCAUGGGAUGAUACAUUUGAAACAGUUCAUGGCUUAGUUCAUAUCUUCGUUGGUGAGUUGAUGUCAUACCUUGCCUGCUCUCCAAGCGAUCCCCUCUUUUAUCUCCAUCAUAGUUUUGUGGACUACAUGUAUGAAAAACACUUUAAACAAGAUCUUCAAAUAAGAUAUCCGAAUGCCAAUAUAUCUUAUCCAAACAUAUAUGAAAAAACGGAAUUGGACGAUGAGUAUGCGGGUGACAGCAUUAUGAUGCCCUUUGGAAUAUUACACGAUGAUAUGAUGGGCAACAACUAUUUCAAUCCAUCUUAUGAAGUUUCUCCUGGUGAUGUUCAAUGUUGGAAAGAUGACGACUGUUGUUCAAACAAAAAUACAGAAUACGUCUGGUGCAACAGAAAAACAAAUAAAUGCGCAGCCAAGAUUCAGCAGGGUGGUCGCGUGAAAUCCGGCUUUUCAGCAAACGCUUGUUAUUGCAAAAAACCUAAACUUCCUGUUAUUAAAGACAACUUAUGUGAUUGCGAAUAA